AUGCUAUUCCGCCUCUUGAAGACGCCAGCAUCGUAUGCAAGGGACUUAACUAUUCGGCACCCCGCACCGCACGUGCAGUUGGCGUCCGUUCCAUGGUUCACGACGGGGGCCGAGUGUUACGUUUGUCGCUCCGCUUCUCAAAUAAUGGGUCUACCCUGUCCUAUGCGCAGGUUGACAGGCUGUGGUGAACCAAGUUUGAAGGCAUUGGGAGUAAGAACAAUCUGCCAUCUCUAG